GUGACUGAUGGGCCAGAUGCGGUUGAAUGUUUUAGAAAAGGGGGGGCCCUGCACCGCCGGCGCGACUUUGGCCACGGGGUCUGGAGAGCGGCUGACGGACACCGGGCUCUGCCGCCAGCGCCCGUCCCUGCCGCCUUCCCGAGCGGAGCGCCCAUCGCUGGCGAGCGGCGGCAGCCGGGCCCGGGCGGGGACACGCAGCCGGGGAGCGGAGCGCGGCGACAGCCAGCGGAGCGCUCUCGCCUUGCCUGGCCGGCGGGCGGGGAGGAUCGGCUCGGCUCCGCUCGCCGAGGUCGGCGCUGACGGCGGCAAUCUGCCGUGCCGCACAGCCAUGCCCGCCCUCCUCCUCCUCCUGCUGCUCUUCAGCUGCCGCGCUGCCGCCGCCGAGGACGACGGCUCGCUGCUCCGGCCGGGCCCGGGCAGGCAGAGCGCGGCCGCCGCGCCCCCGACGGCCGCGACCCCCGCGCUGCGCGGCGCCGAGCACAACGCGUCCCGCCCGGCCGCGCUGCCCAAGGGCGCGGGGCCGGCUGGAGGGCGGCCGCGCUCCGCCUCGCCCCCCAUGUGCACGGGGCAGACGGAGAUCAAGGAGACUUUCAAGUACAUCAACACGGUCGUGUCCUGCCUGGUCUUCGUCCUGGGCAUCAUCGGCAACUCCACGCUGCUGCGCAUCAUCUACAAGAACAAGUGCAUGAGGAACGGCCCCAACAUUCUCAUCGCCAGCUUGGCCUUGGGCGACCUGCUCCACAUCAUCAUCGACAUCCCCAUCAACGUCUACAAGCUACUUGCAGAGGACUGGCCCUUUGGUGUUGAAAUGUGCAAAUUAGUGCCCUUCAUUCAAAAGGCGUCGGUGGGCAUCACAGUGCUGAGUUUGUGCGCCCUCAGUAUAGACAGGUACCGAGCAGUCGCUUCCUGGAGUCGCAUUAAAGGAAUUGGAGUGCCAAAGUGGACUGCUGUGGAAAUUGUCCUCAUCUGGGUCAUAUCAGUGAUACUGGCUGUUCCAGAAGCUAUUGCAUUUGACAUGAUUACAAUGGAGUACAGAGGAAGGUAUCUUAGAAUCUGCUUGCUUCACCCCACGCAGAAAACAUCCUUUAUGAUGUUUUACAAGCAAGCUAAAGACUGGUGGCUGUUCAGUUUUUACUUCUGUUUGCCACUGGCUAUCACAGCAUUUUUCUAUACUCUCAUGACUUGUGAGAUGUUACGAAAGAAAAGCGGGAUGCAAAUUGCUUUAAAUGACCACUUAAAACAGAGACGUGAGGUGGCCAAAACUGUGUUCUGUCUGGUACUUGUUUUUGCCUUGUGUUGGCUCCCACUUCACUUAAGCAGAAUCUUGAAACUCACUAUUUAUGAUCAGAAGGACCCCAACAGAUGUGAACUGCUAAGCUUUUUUCUUGUGAUGGACUAUAUCGGUAUUAACAUGGCUUCACUGAACUCCUGCAUCAAUCCAAUAGCUCUGUAUUUGGUGAGCAAAAGAUUCCAAAACUGCUUUAAGUCAUGCUUGUGUUGCUGGUGCCAAUCCAAAGAUCUGUUGUCCCUGGAGGAAAGGCAGUCCUGUUUAAAGUUCAAAGCUAAUGAUCACGGAUAUGAUAAUUUCCGCUCCAGUAACAAGUACAGCUCUUCAUAAAACAAGCAUAAAAGGUAUAUUCUCUUACAUUAAUGCUAGUGCCUUUUUAAGUAAAAGUGGCAAUUACUUUUAACAAGACGGCAACAUCCAGAAAAAUCUAGUUUUGAAUUUGCACAAAAAAAAGAACAUUAAAAAAAAUUGCCCUAAAACUGUGUCACAUUGAAAAGCACGGACGUUUGUGAAAUCAUCAUUUACGGCACACGAAGAGAAGCAUAGAAAGAACAAGUCAUUGUUAGCACUUGAAUACUUCUGAAUCAGCACUUCCAAAUGAUCCCCACUUCCUGUACAUUAAGUUUGUAUUCUCUGUAACACUGUAGGAACUGAAGUCACAGUAAUUAUUAAGCAGCAUAAUAUCAAGUUAAUUGGAUCAAAGCCAUUAUUAUAUAUAACUCAAUGUAUUGUCUUCUAUAAAGCAAAUUAACCACCAUCACUAUUGUGAGUUUUUUAAAACAAAACAUGAAAUACUUUGUAAUAGAAGCUAAAUGUUAAAAAGUAGGAUUUUUAUCAGGUAUAUUAUAGAGGUAGCUACUGAAAAUAUUAAAGGUUGCAAUAAAGCCAAAAGUGCAUUUUACUUUGAUGAUUAUUUUUACCUAUUAUUGUCAAAAGGAACCUCCCAAGGGCUCUAUAAAUUCCUUUCUGUAGCCACUGUGUGUCUCAGUGCAUUUGCCAGCACUUUGGGUAUGAGUUUUUGUGUCUACUGAAAGCAAAGGAGAGAAAAACACACCAGAAGCAAAAAAUUAACUCUAGUAGAAACAUACAGACAACAGGUAUUAUUUCAGCUAUUUUUAUUUGAAAACAAACGAAUGGUAUCCUGUGUAAAAAAUGGGCAUUCCAGAGCAUGAUGGUUCUCUACUGGAGAUACUUUUAUGACAAUUUAAAACUGUUUUUGCAAUCCAAAUACUGUCUUGGGGCAAAUUUUUUAGAAAUAGUUGGUGAAAAAAAAAUAACCAAGGUAAAAAGAGAGAAUUUGAACUUCUAUCUUAAUUUCUAUUUAAAUCUUCAUAAAGAAAAUAAUUAAUGAACUGUACUUCUAGAGAAGAGUACUAUGUAGCAUACUUAUCUUCAUACUGUUUUAAAAUAUAUUCUACUUCUGUAGUUCCAUAUUUAUGGGCCUAAGAAGAUGUGUGAUUAGUUUCUGCGUCUGUAAAUAGUAGUGAAAUGUAAUUAAUUGUAAAGUAUUAAGAUAUGGGCAGGACCCUGCAAGAACAGAAAAAGAUGCCUGUAGUAAACAUGAUGUGUGUUGCCAGGAGCAAUGCAUGUUUUGUAUGUACAUGACAGGUCAUUCUUUGACUUUGCAUUUCCUAUUAAUUUGUUGCAGAUGUCCCCAAAGACUUAUUAACAUAUUUCGUGCACUAAGGCGUGAGUUUAUCAAGAAAAAUUGUCAUAUAACAUGCUUUUAUAAAAGACAUGUUUUCAAUAGGCUUGGUAUUUUAUUAUAAUAAAAUUAUUUAUCAAAACUCA